UUGAACAUUGUAUGUUUGGAAUGUAUGUCCUGUGUCGGCUACCGGAGGAAGAAUGGCCGGCUGGAUGUGGUUUCGUUGCUUUUUGGGGCCUCAUCUCCAGAGAGUGCACCGUUCACAGGAGGAGUCCCGACCCGAAGGAAGAGCAGGCAGGAGGGGAUGGACUUAUCAACCCAAGAGCCUGGAGAAACACACUGACAGCAUCCUCGGAUGGGCGUCAGCUUUGUGGUCUCUGUCAUACUACAGCUCCCCUCUCCUCCUCUGCUACCUUUACAGAAAAGGGUACAUCUGCAGCAGUAAGCUGGUACCAGUCAGUCAGUAUGUGGGAACUGUAAUGGUUUGUCUGCUGGGAGUCGCCUUUCUGAGAGGUUGGGGACGGUGGAGGAACUCUGAGUAUCAACAGUUCAUCUCCAUUCUGGAGGAAACCAGGAAGAACCACACGCCUAGCAACAAGAAAAAGCUGGCCUGCUAUGAUUUUGACUUCUCUCACUGGCCGGCAGACUUCAGCUGGGAAGAAGUUAGCAAUCCGAAGCUGCUGUCUAAGGCAGGAGUGUCUCUACUGAAGCCAGAGCCCAAACUGAGAGGGGCAGCAGACAGCGUGCUCAACUCUUUACGCACUCUACCAUGCCACAUCGUCAGUUUUCUGAUUGCCCACUCAUUUGGGAGGAGGAUUCUGUACCCUGGGUCUGUAUACCUACUGCAAAGGGCUAUGAGACCCAUGCUACAACAGGGCCAGGCUAGACUUAUAGAAGAGUGUGAGGGCCAGAGGAACAAGCUGGUGGCGUGUGAUGGGAAUGAGAUUGAUACCAUGUUUGUGGACCGCAGGAGAGAAGAAGGACUGCACGGACAGACUCUGGUGAUCUGCUGUGAGGGGAAUGCAGGCUUCUAUGAGGUGGGCUGUAUGAACACUCCAUUGGAAGGUGGAUACUCAGUGCUUGGCUGGAACCACCCUGGCUUUGCAGGAAGCACGGGUGUACCGUUCCCCCAGAACGAGGCCAAUGCCAUGGAUGUAGUGAUCCAGUUUGCAGUGCACAAGCUGGGCUUCCAGCUCAGUGACAUAAUGGUGUAUGCCUGGUCCAUAGGGGGAUUCACAGCCAGUUGGGCUGUGAUGUCCUAUCCAGAGAUCCAAGCGCUGGUAUUGGACGCCUCCUUUGAUGACCUGCUUCCGCUGGCCCUCAAGGUCAUGCCCGACAGCUGGAGGCCUCUUGUGACACACACAGUCAGGCAGUACAUGAACCUCAACAGCGCAGAACAGCUCUGCAAGUACCAGGGACCAGUGCUUCUGAUCAGAAGAACCAAAGAUGAGAUCAUUACCACCACGGGUCCAGAAGACAUCAUGUCCAACAGAGGAAACAACCUCCUGCUCAAACUUCUGCAGUUCAGGUACCCCAAGGUGAUGACAGACGAUGGAGUCCGGGCCAUCAGAGCAUGGCUGGCAGCCUCCAACCACGUAGAAGAGGCAGCGGUGUACAGUAGCUAUGAGGUGGAUGAUGACUGGUGUGUGUCUGUUCUGCAGUCGUAUAAGACGGAGAGAGACGUUUUCUUCCCCUGGAGCGUUGGUGAGGACAUGACACUGGAGGGAAGACGACAGCUGGCUCUCUUCCUGGCACGGAAGUACAUGCGGAACUUCGACUCAACUCACUGCACUCCUCUCCCUUACUCUGAAUUCGCUGCCCCUUGGGGACUGUAAGUGUUGACGGAUGGAUAGAAACGAGAAGCAAAGAUGCAGGCGACACCAACCAAUCAGAAGAGGUAUACAGAGCAUGGAUUGAAUGUGUAUCUAUGGGAGGUGUUCAAGGCAGCUACACCCAGACUGUAUUAGAACGUUGUGACCCUGCCCACCUGUGGGGGAAAUCAUGUUACCCCAUUGGCUCACAGCAAAAACUUGGCAUUUUGUCUACUUGUUUUAAUCAAUUACAAAACUAUAUGUCUAAAGAUUACUACUUAGAAAAACAUCAUUUUGCCUCAUGCCCCUUAUGACCGGAACGUCAGUCAAGACCAACAACAAACGGACUGACGUUAAACAAUGCUUUCCACACACAUAGCCUACUUACAUUCUGCGUCCCCACUCCUAAUAGCCUGAAGCCACAAGGUUCUUCUCAUAGGCUCUAUUUCCCUACGUUGUGAACAGUCUGUCGUGAUUUGACCUGGCUACAUGCACAUUGAACAACACAGCAGCUUUUUGGAAUGUUUUGUUAUUUCCGUAACAAGAAGCUCUUUUCCAAUGGGAUGAAUAUUUGUUUUCCCAAUUUCUGGGCGUGGUGGUAUAUGGCCAACAUACCACAGCUAAGGGCUGUAUAACCAGGAACUCCGCAAGAACAGCCCUUAGCUGUGGUAUGUUGGCCAUAUACCACAACCCCCUCGGGCCUUAUUGCUUAAAUAUACACUGCCGUCCUCAAACUAGAUAUUUAAAAUACUCCCUUCCAUAAAGUAAGCACUGAUCUCUAGGUAGUUGGAUAAAAGGCUCCAUUUUAUUGCCUGACUACAUUACUAAAAGGAAUAAGGAGCUCGUUCCCUCCCUCUGGCUGCAUUUUUAAAAGUACACAAAUACAGCCAGGCCAUCCUCACGUUCUAAAGCGUGGAACUGUCAUUAUGAACAAAGCUGGGUCCUGUUAAAUAAAAUGUUGGCAAAAUCA